CCGGCUCGGCGGCGCUCGCCGCUCCCCCCUCACCCCCGGCCCGGGCUCUUUGUCGUCGGGUGCCGGAGGGGGGCCGCAGCGCCAUGUCCUCCCCUAAGAACGGCUUCUACCGGCAGGACAUUACCAAGACGCUCUGGGAAGUGCGGGACCGCUACCGGGACCUGCAGCCGGUGGGGUCCGGCGCCUACGGAGCCGUCUGCUCAGCUGUCGAUGGAAGAAGUGGUACCAAAGUGGCUAUUAAGAAGCUGUACCGCCCGUUUCAGUCAGAGCUCUUUGCCAAACGAGCCUACCGAGAGCUACGCCUCCUGAAACACAUGAAGCAUGAAAACGUCAUUGGAAUAUUGGAUGUGUUCACACCCGAUGCAACACUGGAGAAGUUUAAUGACUUCUACCUUGUCAUGCCAUUUAUGGGAACAGACUUGAGUAAGAUAAUGAAGCAUGAGAAACUAACUGAAGACCGAAUCCAGUUCCUGGUAUAUCAGAUGUUGAAAGGCUUAAAGUAUAUUCACUCAUCAGGCAUAAUUCACAGGGAUCUAAAGCCUGGAAACUUGGCAGUAAAUGAAGACUGUGAGUUGAAGAUCCUGGAUUUUGGAUUGGCAAGGCAUACAGACAGUGAGAUGACCGGUUAUGUGGUUACAAGGUGGUACAGAGCCCCAGAGGUCAUACUUAACUGGAUGCAUUAUACACAAACAGUUGACAUCUGGUCUGUGGGCUGCAUAAUGGCUGAGAUGAUAACAGGGAGGCCUCUAUUCAAAGGAAAUGAUCAUCUGGACCAACUCACAGAAAUAAUGAAAAUAACGGGUACACCAACUCAAGAUUUUGUUCAAAAACUGCACAGUCAAGAUGCAAAAAACUAUAUAAAAAGCCUCCCAAAGGUCCAGAAAAAAGAUUUUGCAUCCGUCUUGAAGUAUGCGAAUCCUUUGGCUGUAAACCUUUUGGAGAAGAUGCUGGUGCUGGAUGCAGAGAAGCGAGUCACAGCAGCUGAGGCUUUGAUGCAUCCUUACUUUGAACCGGUUCAUGAUCCUGAGGAAGAAAUCGAAGCCGAGAAAUAUGACGACACAUUUGAUAACAUGGAUCUCCCACUAGAUGAGUGGAAGCGCAUUACAUAUAAAGAGAUACUGAACUUCAAGCCACCACAGACACUGGAGUCAAAGGAGACAGCAGUGUAAAUUGUAUGAGUCGGUCUUUUCAGAACUUGGAAGAAAGCAGGAAAGUUGUAAAUGUUUGUGACAUUUCAGGUGUAUAAAACUUUUAUAAAUAAACUGGAUGUAAUCUGUUUCAUCUGCACUGUUAGAAAGACCAAUGUAUUUUACUCAGCGUGUACAAGUUGGUGCCUUUGGGAGUAGCAUUUCAGAACUAUCCAGAAACUUAUUCCUGCUUAUAAAUUCUGCUCUCCGUGGCCAUUGAACUAUCAUUAAUGCAACAAGUAUUCAUGUGACUUUCUCUGGAAUGUUUCACCUUGGUAAGAUGCCUGGGGAAGCCAAUCGGCUUCUGCUACUUCAGCUGGUGCAGCCGGUAGCAGAGACACAGCCCAAAUGAAUGCCUACAUCACCUGUCCUACACAAGUGGAGUUGAACCAGCGCUCCAGUGAGUUCACAGAAUCACGGAAUGGCAGAGGUUGGAAGGGAUCUAUAAACAUCUAGUCAAACCCUGCUGCUAAAGCAGGGGGAUUCUAACAGAUCUGAGCAAGAGGCAAGAAGCAGAGAAGUGUCUUAAGAGUGUCUUAAGAGUUUUUUCAAAGGGACCAGUAUAGCAGGACAAAAGGAUGAACAAGCACUGGAUAAACAAUCACUGUCAAGGGGUACAAUGUUUUCCUCUAAAUACUGUGCAGUCUCUUGGUAUGAUAGGCUAGAGAUCAAGAUUUCCAGGGAGAAAUUCUUAAGACUUUCUAAAAUUUCAUAAACUCUUUAGCAUCUUAGUAUUGAAGCAAUUGCUGAGAAAGUACAUCUUCUCAGAGGAUGUGCUGGUUAUAGAAUCGGUGGUCUUGAUUUUAGAAGUAAAGCUGCACAUGGGUCACAUUAUAGUAAAUAAAAUGAGGAUAAAAAUGCUGCACUGCAGCUGCUUAUUGGGAGUACCUGCAGCAAGCUAUUUUGUUCACAGUGUGCAGAGGUGUUGCCAGGUGCAGAAUAACAACCAUUCAUGUCUUUUAGCCUUUUGAAAUCAUCUUACAUGGAAGAACCCUCAGACCUUCUGUUCAGAGGUGCCUUACCAGAAAAGUCAGUUUCCUGAUGGGAUCUAUUGAUUAGAUGCUUCCUGAGUUCCUCUUACUGUCCUCUUACUGUAUUUUCCUAGGUGCUCAGUUCCUAAUGGUCUCUCCGAGGUAGGAGAAAGAAAUUGGCAAAGCUUUGGUGAAGAAUUCUUUGUGAGAUUUCUUGUCCUUGUUAAAGGUAAUUUCUUCACAACUGACUAUUUGGAUGUGGAUUAUUCCCAAUGCAAUAUGCUGUUGUGUGUUGCUACUACCAUUCUAUGAUGAUUCUAUGAUUCUAAGUUAAAUAGUUGUGACAGAAGACAUUUGAUCUUACCAGAUAAUAAGUGGAAAAGAAGUAAGAAAUUACUUGGGAUUUUUUACCAAUUUAAACCAGAAGUUUAAUCAAGACACAGAAUUCUGUUUCUUUAAAUUAAUAUUCAAGUUAACCACCUGUAAAUAUUAGCAUUUGUUUAAAAAUCAUUUGUGAUGAGCAUUGAUUAGCUGAGAUGGACACCCAGAGAGACUAAAUAGUAACAGAAGCCUUGAAUUACUGAUGGAUUUGACAAAUCAUUAAAAACUACACUUUCAGGAAUACGUAAAAGAAAGCAGAGGAUGUAAUUUGAAGCAAAACACUUUUCCACACUACAGGUCACUGAGGAAGGCACAGUUAAGAGUCAUACCCCAUUUUGCACUAUGGACUUUUUGCAUGGAAUACAUUUUUGUGUUAAAUAGGAACUUGAUUUUUUUACCAAAUAGAUGUUUUCUCUUAGGAUCAUGCUCUGUGGUCCUCUUAAAAGUCAUAGGAGAAGAGUGCCUCUUGGAAUUAGUGGGCUUGAUAGAACCAGUCAGUGGGAAAUGGAAAAUGUCAAAAACUCCUUUGAAAAUGCUCCCUCUAUAUUUUAAAUGGAAUUUCAGCUUCUUGAAUUGUAGCCAAUAUCUAAAGUCCUGGGAUAAUGCAGAUGGCUCAAAUGUUAGUCAGACCUUGAGGGAGCGGCUUUAUUUUCAUUGAAAAAACUGCUUUGCAUUUUCUUCAUAAAUGCCAACACUUCAAUGAGCAUUUUGACUGAGGUGAGUCUUUCCCUCUCUUAACGUAGUAAAGUAGUUCACUGGAGAAGCAGCAAGCCCCCAUGAGAAAGACAUAAGAAGAUAGCUUUCCUAGAUGCUAGAGAAAUAAAGAACUUUUAAAGUAACUGAAGAGAGGACCGUGAUGUAUGUGGCAACAAAGACGCAAGUACUGCUGGACUGUCUAGUCAGCAGACAGCCUGUAAGGUAAAAUAACAAACAUGGAAAAUUUGUCGUGUGUUGGCAAGAUGUUUCUGUGAAGAGAUUGAAAUCUGCAGAAACAGCUUCAAAUAGCAAUAGAUAAUUAGUAUAAAUAGCUCAUUAAAAGAAAAGUGAGGUGAAAGCAGAAGUAUUUUGCAUGGGAGGCAGAUGCUGCUUCAGAGGAGGCACAUUAUUUCCUAAGUUUUUAUUUGCUGUUUCUACUGGUGCUAAAGAACUCAGGAAUAAGAACACAAUUUCUGUCUGCCUUAAAAUGUAAAUACAUUCUGCAUGUACUUGAAAUGUUUUGUGACAA